AAAACCCUCGCGCACACUACCUUUUGGUAUAAAUAGUUUAGUCGGAGUGCUAGGAAGGAGAGCGAUACGUUGCAGACUCUGGACGUUUCGCUCUCUCCCCAUUCUUCUUCUAUCAAACAAACAAACCAUGGGUUCUGCUCGCUGCACUUUGUCUUCGGACGAUGUGGUGAUUAAGUCUCCGAAUGAUAGGCGUCUGUACAGGCUAAUCGAGCUCGAGAAUGGGCUCCGAGCCUUGCUGGUUCACGACCCCGAGAUUUACCCAGAUGGGCCUCCUAAGACCCUUGAGAAUGGCGAACAAGUAGAAGAGGAAUGCGAUGAGGAUGGUGAAGAUAGCGAAGGAGAGGAGGGCGAGGAAGAGGACGAGGACAGUGAAGAAGAAGGAGAAGAAGAGGAGGAGGAAGAAGAAGAGAAAGGUGAAGGGGAGGACCAUGAAGUUCUUCGCAAAGGAAAGAAAGGUGCUUCUUCUUCUCAGACUAAGAAGGCAGCGGCAGCAAUGUGUGUAGGAAUGGGCAGCUUCUCUGAUCCUUUUGAGGCACAGGGGCUUGCGCAUUUUCUAGAGCACAUGCUUUUCAUGGGGAGUACUGAAUUUCCAGAUGAAAAUGAGUAUGAUAGUUACUUGUCCAAGCAUGGAGGCUCUUCAAAUGCAUACACAGAAAGUGAGCAUACCUGCUACCAUUUUGAAGUGAAACGAGAGUUUCUCAAGGGUGCCUUGAAACGAUUUUCUCAGUUUUUUGUUUCACCUCUAGUGAAAAUUGAAGCCAUGGAGAGAGAAGUACUUGCUGUAGAUUCAGAAUUCAACCAGGUUCAGCAAAAUGACGGAUGCCGCCUUCAACAACUUCAAUGUCAUACAGCUGCAUCUGGUCACCCUUUUAACAGAUUCUUUUGGGGCAAUAAGAAGAGCUUGGUUGAUGCUAUGGAAAAAGGGAUCAAUUUGCGGGAACAAAUAUUGAAAUUGUACAGAGAUUACUACUAUGGUGGAUUAAUGAAGCUGGUUGUCAUUGGUGGAGAGUCUCUGGAUGUUCUUGAGAGUUGGGUUGAGGAAUUGUUUGGUAAUGUGAAAAAAGGUCCUCAAGUGAAUCUGGAGUUUAAGGCGGAAGGUUCUAUCUGGAAAGCUGGUAAACUUUAUAGGUUAGAAGCUGUCAAAGAUGUUCAUAUACUCGACUUAACAUGGACACUGCCAUGUCUUCAUCGAGACUAUUUGAAGAAACCAGAAGACUAUUUAGCACAUCUCCUCGGACAUGAGGGCAGAGGAAGCUUGCAUUCCUUUCUAAAGGCUAGAGGUUGGGCAACAUCUCUAUCUGCUGGUGUUGGGGAUGAAGGAAUGCACCGAUCAUCUGUAGCCUACGUCUUUGCCAUGUCCAUACACCUCACUGACUCUGGCUUGGAAAAGAUAUUCGAGAUCAUUGGCUUUGUAUAUCAGUACCUUAUGUUGUUACGUCAAAUUGCCCCGCAAGAAUGGAUAUUUAAGGAACUCCAGGAUAUUGGGAACAUGGAAUUUAGAUUUGCAGAGGAGCAACCUCAGGAUGAUUACGCUGCUGAGCUUUCAGAGAAUUUGCUUUUUUAUCCAGCAGAGCAUGUUAUUUAUGGGGAUUAUGUGUACAAGAUAUGGGAUGAGGAAAUGAUAAAAUAUGUUCUUGGUUUCUUCACACCAGAAAACAUGAGGAUCGAUGUAAUAUCAAAGUCCUUUAAUUCACAAGAUUCCCAAUGUGAGCCUUGGUUUUGUUCACGCUACACCGAGGAAGAUAUUUCUCAAUCUUUAAUGGAUUUGUGGAGGGAUCCUCCAGAAAUUGAUUAUUUAUUGCACCUGCCUGCGAAGAAUGAGUUCAUUCCACGUGAUUUUUCAAUUCGUGCUAAUAGUGCAUCUAAUGGUCCUGCAAAUGCAUCUUCUCCAAGGUGCAUACUGGAUGAACCGCUAAUGAAGUUCUGGUACAAGUUUGAUAAUAUUUUCAAACUUCCUCGUGCAAAUACAUACUUCCGCAUAAAUUUGAAGGGGGGAUACGAUAAUGUGAAGAGUUGUCUCUUGACAGAAUUAUUUAUUCACCUUCUUAAAGAUGAGCUGAAUGAGAUCAUAUAUCAGGCCAGUAUUGCCAAGUUAGAAACUUCCGUAUCUUUUUUCAGUGAUAAGCUGGAACUGAAGGUCUAUGGAUUCAAUGAUAAGCUUCCAGUUCUCUUAUCUAAAGUUUUGGCAGUAGCCAAAUCUCUUUUGCCAACCAAUGAUCGUUUUAAGGUCAUCCAAGAAGAUAUGAAAAGAACUUUAAGAAACACCAACAUGAAGCCUCUAAGUCAUUCAUCAUACUUAAGAUUGCAAGUGCUGUGCAAGAGUUUCUAUGAUGUCGAUGAGAAGCUGUGCUUUCUUAAUGACUUGUCUCUUGCUGAUUUGAAGGCGUUUAUCCCUGAGCUGCGUUCCCAGCUAUACAUUGAGGGCCUUUGCCAUGGCAAUCUAUUAGAAGAAGAAGCAAUUGGCAUAUCAAAAAUAUUUAAAACUAACUUCUCUGUGCCACCACUUCCAGUUGAAAUGAGGUAUCAAGAACAUGUUAUUUAUCUUCCUUCUGGUGCCAACCUCAUUAGAGAUGUCAGUGUGAAGAAUAAGUUGGAAAGAAACUCUGUAUUUGAGCUUUAUUUUCAAGUUGAGCAGGAAAUUGGGAUAGAAUCAACCAAAUUGAAAGCUUUGAUGGACCUUUUUGAGGAAAUUGUGGAAGAACCACUUUUCAAUCAGCUGAGGACAAAGGAGCAGCUUGGCUAUGUUGUUGAAUGUAGCCCACGAGUAACGUACCGUGUUUUUGGGUUUUGUUUCAUUGUUCAAUCUUCUGAAUACAGCCCAAUCUAUCUGCAAGGGAGAAUUGACAACUUCAUAAAUGGUCUGGAAGAAUUGCUGGAUAAGCUUGAUGACGAAUCCUUUGAGAAUUACAGAAGUGGCCUAAUGGCAAAACUACUGGAGAAAGAUCCAUCUCUUACAUAUGAAAGCAAUCGGUUCUGGAAUCAAAUUGUUGAUAAAAGGUAUAUAUUUGAUUUGUCAAAGAAGGAAGCAGAGGAGCUCACUGGCAUUCACAAGAUAGACGUUAUCAACUGGUACAAAAUGUAUUUGCAACAAUCAUCUCCGAAGUGUCGAAGACUCGCCGUUCGGGUGUGGGGUUGCAACACUGAUAUGAAAGCAGCUGAAACACCAGACAAGUCUGCGCAGGUCAUCGAAGACGUUACAGCCUUCAAGAUGUCAUCUAAGUUCUAUCCAAGCAAUUGUUGAAAUUGGACAUUUGAUAACAAAGUAGGGCGACCUGUUGGAACCAUUCAAGUGAAAAAAAUUGACUACAGGUUACAGCGGAGGUCAGUAUCAUCAUCCCCUCUUCCUGGAAAACAGUAAGAAAUGGAAAAUCAUUAGCAGAAGUAUUGGAAUUAUAGAUAUAUUUCCACAGAAUACAUUUACUUUGAACCGUGACUCAUUAUUUUAAUUAUUGCAAUUGAUUAUUGAUUACGCUAGGGUUUGCGAAUUCUUACUAUAAUCUGUGAGACAUUCUUUGCCGAGCAGUUUUGUUAUCUUUUGAAAACUUGUGAGUUUUUACUCAUUUGGAGAUGCAACAGAGAAAUCAGCUCCCUUUUGGAAA